GAAAACAGUUAGUCAGCCCAAGCAAGUUUAACGAAACCGUUAGUGUGUCAAAGAGUCAAAGACCAACAUGUUUAAAAUAGCGCUUUUUGCCGUGUAUGUUAUCAUACUGACACUCCACGAAAGCGCCGGGAUUUGUUACAAUUGCAAUAGCAAUGGCGUCGCCUGCGCCAGUAACAACACAUUUCAUCUUUGUUUCGGCGGUUUGCCAAAUUUAGGCGAAGAAUACAGCUGCCCGAAUGAGGAUGAGGUCUGUACCGCACUGGGUCCAGUAUGUAUGGAUCCCAGUAGUAAUCCUAAUAUAGAACCCGCCUGCGGCAACACCAAGCAAUGCGGUCAGUGCGCCGAUGUUAUGGAUGGUGGUUUCACCUGCACCAGCCGGACCACAUUCACUAUGUGCAUGGGGUAUGCGCUGACCGAUAUACGGGCGUCCUGUCCCACCGGUCAAGUAUGUCGCACAUCGGUGGCGCAGACCGGUAAAGUGCCGUGCGUAAAUGAAUGCCUAACGGAUUCGAAUGAUAUGUGUGAUGUAAGUGUGGCUGUGGAUGCGCCACCAAGCAGUGAGUCAGCUGGAACAACUGUAAUUAUACAACCCACACCACCAGCUAAUACAACUACAACAACCGCAAUUAUACAACCUACACCAGCAAUAAACACAACUACAACACAACCAGGGACCACCGCAGAACCGUCUGCUACUUCUACUACAGUUUCAACAAAUGAUUCAACAAGUGUGUCACCUUCGACCAAUCCAUCACCAGUGGAGUUCUGUGCAAGUCAAACACUUGUUGGCCGUUAUUCGAAUCCCGCUGACAACAGUUGUGCCACCUACUUGUACUGCUCAAGCUCUGGUUCGGGCUCGGGCUUUACUGCGCACAUAAUGCAGUGUCCUGCUGGGAAAUUUUUUAAUGCGAAAUUAAGAAACUGUCAAUCUAAUAAACCAAGCGGCUGUGUUUGAAAUAAAGGAAAUGUAAAUAUAUAUUUUUGAUAAAUAUUUAGAUAACUUUACUCUUCCUGAAGUUAAAAUAC